AUGGGCUUCGACAUCGCCCCAGCCCUCAUCAUAUUCCUCGUUAUCCUCGGAGCAGGCGCGCUCGUCUGCUGCGGUUUCGCUGUCUACCGGUUCUACGGCGGAGAGCCUGAAGAUGACUCAAGACGUUUCCACAGAAGCCCAGAGCAAGACUCCUAUAUGCGAGAAGUGCGGGAACGAAGUUGGCGCAAGCUACCCCAGCUGGUGUUCCGAACAAUGCAGUGCAAGUUCUUCACUCUACCACGCAUGCGGUCGUUGCCAUGA